AUGGAAUACGGUUUACUGUAUGGAUUUGACUGGGUUGUGUGGUUGACGGUUUUAUGGUACUGUGUUGGAGGACUUUCGGUUGCCGUAUGCAUAAAGUAUGCCGACAACAUUGCUAAGAAUUUCGCCACCUCGGUUGCCAUCAUUUUGGCGACGAUUGGUUCGAUGGUUUUCUUCAGUUUCCAGCCUUCAGCAGUGUUUAUUUUGGGAGCGACUCUAGUCAUAUUUAGCAUCUUUAUGUAUUCGUCGUCGCAAUCUUUAGUGACGGCAUUCCGACGGGUGGUGAAGGCCGAAUUGUUUGUAUAG